AUGGUACAGCCUCCGUGCAUUGGGCAGCUAAGAAUGGCCACCUGGAAGUGGUGCAGCUGCUGCUGGAAAAGGGGUGCUGACAAAGAUGCAGCUAAGCAGGAUGGCACAACGGCCUUCCAUCGAGCAGCUGAAAAUGCCCGCUUGGAAGUUGCACAAUUUUUGCUUCAACGUGGCGUGGCGAAAGAUGCAACCACACAAGAUGGCUCAACAGCUUUGUAUAUGGCAGCCCGCCGUGGCCACUUAGAAGUGGUACAAUUGCUGCUGGAGAAUGGUGCUGACAAAGAAGCUGCAAAUCAAGAUGGGAGAACACCAUUGCACAGCGCUUCUAACAGUGGCCGCUCAAAAGUUGUCCGAUUGCUGCUGGAGAGCGGCGCUGACAAAGCUGCCGUGGACCGAUAUGGCACAACAGCACUGCACUAUGCAGCCAGCAAUGGCCACUGGAAAGUGGUGCAACUGCUGCUGGAAAACGGUGUUGACAAAGAUGCAGCCAAUUGUGACGGCACGACGGCCUUGCAUUCGGCAGCUAUGAAUGGCCACCUGAAAGCGGUGCAGCUGUUGCUGGAGAACGGUGCUGAGAAAGACGCAGCUAACCAGGAUGGAACAACUGCAUUGCAUUGGGCAGCUAAGCAUGGCCAUGCCGAAGUGGUGCAAAUGCUGCUGCAGAGUGGCGCGGCAAAGGAUGCAGCAACACAUGAUGGCACUACUGCCUUCCAUUGGGCAGCUACCAAUGCCUGCCCGGAAGUUGCACAAUUUCUGCUGGAGAAUGGUGCUGAAAUAGAUGCUGCCACUCAAGAAGGCUCAACGGCUUUGCAUUUUGCUGCCCGCCAUGGCCAUAUGGCAGUUGUGAGAUUCCUGUUGGAGAGAGGUGCCAACACAGAUGUGGCAAAUCUGCAGGGCGCAACAGCCUUGCAAAAGGCAGCCCAGUAUGGCCACUGGAAUGUUGUGGAACUGCUGCUGGAGAGUGCUGAGGAAGAUGCGUGA